ACAUCAUAAAUCAUAAUCAUAUUCUUCUCCCAAUCACAAUGGCGUCAAGAACAAUGGAAACAUCUAUUUUCAUGAUCUUCACGGCCGUGGCACUAAUGUCCGGUGAGAGAGUAAUUGCAGUGGACUGUUCGUCGCUGAUACUAAACAUGGCAGAUUGUCUAUCGUUCGUGACAAGUGGUAGUACGGUGGAGAAACCGGAAGGCACAUGUUGCUCAGGACUCAAGACUGUGGUUAGGUCAGGACCUGAAUGUCUUUGUGAGGCUUUCAAGAAUAGUGCUUCACUUGGUGUUACUCUUGAUCUUACCAAAGCUGCUGCUCUACCUUCUGUCUGUAAAGUUGCUGCUCCUCCAUCUGCUCGUUGUGGCCUGUCUGUAUCUGCAUCUCCUCCUUCUGCUGCCCCCGGUUUAUCUCCCAUGGCUGGAGCAGGUGCACCGGCGUCGUCCGGUGGAGCAAGUGCUGCAACUCCAGUUCCAGUCCCUGGAAGCUCGAAUACAUCCUUAAUCUCUAUCUCUUUGGCAUUUUCCCUCUUUAUCGCUCUCAUAUCUUUAUCUUUUCUAUUGAAGAUUUAGGACUUUUUUUUCUGCAAUUAAUAUCAUUUUGUUUGCUAUGAAGAUAAAGAAUUUGAUGUAC